AUGGCGUCUUCGUUUGUGGGCGGGGCCCUGGGGACUCUUGCUCUUCAGAUACACGGUCUUGCUGAGCAGUGGAGCUGGGCUCAGUCUGGACCUCCUGACAGGCUGUGCUGUGCGGCCGCCAUUAAGAGCAGCAGUAGCUUUUCAGAUAAAGCAAUGGAUUUUAGUGGGUUAUCAAAUAGGUUGACAUCAUCCACAUACAUCGUGUACAUGGGAGAACUGCCGGAGGAGGGGAUAUCUACAGUGGAUGAACACCACAAUCUUCUGCAAGAAACAAUUGGAAAUGAAAGGAUAGCUAGAGAAUCAAAGAUACACAGCUACGGACGAAGCUUUAACGGGUUUGUGGCAAGACUGUUGCCUCAUGAAGCUAAGAGCUUAUCGCAGAAAAAGGGCGUCGUUUCAGUGUUUCCUAACACUGUACAAAAGCUUCGAACCACAAGAUCGUGGGAUUUCAUUGGAAUGCCGGAGACGGUUGAAAGAAACCAUCAAGUAGAGAGCGAUACCAUAGUUGCUGUCCUGGAUACAGGAAUAUGGAUUAAGUCACCAAGUUUCAACGAUGAAGGCUACGGUCCUCCACCUCCAAAAUGGAAGGGCAAAUGCGCCAAGGGUGCUAACUUCACUGGAUGUAACAGAAAGGUGAUUGGCGCACAAUACUUCAAUCUGGGAGGAGGUGCUUCGGACGGGCCAAUUAGUCCAGUGGAUCUUGUAGGACAUGGCACCCAUACAUCCUCGACUGCUGCUGGCGUACCCGUUCGAGAUGCGAGCUUGUUCGGCCUGGCCAAAGGGACUGCACGAGGAGGAGUGCCUUCGGCCCGUAUUGCCAUGUACAAAGUCUGCUGGGGCGUGGGAUGCGACGACAUGGACCUCUUAGCAGGGUUCGAUGCUGCAAUUGCUGACGGCGUGGACAUCAUAUCAGUGUCCAUCGGAGGACCUUCAAGAAGGUUCUUCGAGGAUCCAAUGGCAAUUGGAUCCUUCCAUGCUCUGAAGAGAGGAAUCUUGACUUCUUGUUCUGCAGGAAAUUCCGGGCCUGAUUUGCAAUCCGUUGAGAAUGUCGCCCCAUGGAUCAUGACUGUAGCUGCUAGUAGCAUAGAUCGACAAUUUGUAUCGACCGUCAAGUUGGGUGAAGGAAACACAAUAUCUGGAGUUUCUAUUAACACUUUCACACCCAAGAAACAAAUGUAUCCUUUAACAAACGGCGAUCGUGCAGCAAAUAGUAGCACGGCGAAUUAUGGAAAUGUCAGUGCUUGUGAUUAUGGCACUCUAAGCGCGAGUAAAGUGAGAGGCAACAUAGUAUUCUGCCGUGGACGAGGCCAAGACUCCACCAUUCAAGAAUUGGGAGGAGUCGGAGUAAUCAUGUCAGCGGAUCAGUACACAGACAUGGCUUUUGCUUACUUGAUACCUGCAACCACUGUAAAUUUUACCGACGGCGAACUGAUUGAUCACUACAUCAAUUCGACCAAGGCCCCCAAAGCUGUUAUAGACAAGGCAGUAACAGUUAAUAUGACGGCACCAUUCAUUGCAUCCUUUUCAUCCAGAGGGCCACAAGUGAUUGCGCUCAACAUUCUCAAGCCUGAUGUUGCUGCACCAGGACUCGACAUACUAGCUGCUUAUUCCCAAUUGGUUUCCCUGACUGGUGAUACCAGCGACAAACGGAUUGUAGAAUAUAAUAUCUUGUCAGGAACAUCAAUGGCAUGUCCUCAUGCUGCUGCAGCCGCCGCCUAUGUGAAGACGUUUCAUCCCAAAUGGUCUCCUGCUGCUAUCAAGUCUGCUCUGAUGACUACCGCAAAAUCAAUGAAGAUCAAGCCAAUAGGUCUCGCAUUAGCCUCCGGUGCAGGCCAAAUCAACCCGAGAAAGGCAUUGGAUCCCGGGCUAGUCUAUGACCUCGAUGUCAACUCUUACGUAAGCUUUCUUUGUAAAGAGGGAUACAACGACUCAGCCAUUACAGCAAUUACUGGUGACAGGACAAGCAACUGCUCAAGCUUCCCACCUGCCAAAGGAACUGAUGGCCUGAACUACCCUUCCAUGCACUUGCAACUGGUGGAUCCUACGUCGAACAAUACCAACAUUUCUGCAAUUUUCUACCGCACGGUGACGUAUGUUGGGGAAGGUAAAACAGUAUACAGAGCAAAGGUUAAGUCGCCUAAGGUUCUGUCUGUCACAGUUGUUCCAAAGGUCCUGUCUUUCACCAAGCAACACCAGAAAAGGUCUUUCAAAGUGAUGGUGAAGGGGAAUUUUGUUCGGCGAAAGUCAUGGUUAAUGUCAGCAUCACUUGUGUGGAGUAACUGUAGGCACAAUGUCAAGAGUCCUAUCUUAAUAUACCGGCCACCAGUUUAGGG